UCCAGAUGUCAACCAACUGCUCGAGUUUCGCACUUCCCCAUCCUGCUGAAUCAAUGCUUACACCAGAACAGAACAGAGAACAGAACAGAACAAACCCUUUCUUCUCUGAUUACAUCUAUCUAUAUCUUCAAAUCUUUUAUAGAAAAAUAAAGAAAAACUCUUGAAAUUAAAUCUGGAAAUAGUAGAAAAAUGGUGUUAGAUUUGGGUGUAUUAUGGGAAAAAGGAGUGGCAAUAGCAAAUAUGGGCGAAAGUGGGCAUGCCCAGGUGGUGCCAAUUUCAGUUUUUGUUGCAGUUCUAUGUUUGUGUUUGGUCAUUGGUCAUUUGCUUGAAGAAAAUCGUUGGGUUAAUGAAUCCAUCACUGCCAUCCUCAUUGGAUGCUUAACUGGAACAAUUAUACUACUGAUAAGCAAGGGGAAAAACUCUCACAUAUUACGGUUUGAUGAAGAACUAUUCUUCAUCUAUCUCCUUCCACCUAUCAUCUUCAAUGCAGGGUUUCAGGUCAAGAAGAAACAAUUUUUCCAAAACUUCUUGACAAUUAUGCUCUUUGGAGUUAUUGGUGUAUUUAUCUCAACAACCAUCAUUUCUCUAGGUAGCUGGUGGCUGCUUCCUAAAGUUGGAUUUGCCGGGCUAACAGCACGAGACUACCUUGCUAUUGGAACUAUUUUCUCGUCUACUGACACCGUGUGCACACUUCAGGUUCUUAAUCAAGAUGAGACUCCUUUACUGUACAGCUUAGUAUUUGGGGAAGGGGUAGUAAAUGAUGCGACAUCAGUUGUUCUCUUCAACGCGAUUCAGAAGAUAAAUGUAAAAAGGGUUGGUGACUGGACACAUGUACUUGGAAGUUUUCUCUAUCUUUUCUUCGCGAGCACUGCACUGGGAAUCACUACAGGGCUUCUGACUGCAUAUGCUCUUAAAGCAUUGUAUUUCGGUAGACAUUCCACGGAUCGUGAAAUUGCCCUAAUGACUUUGAUGGCAUAUUUGUCCUACACAUUGGCAGAGCUAGCAGAGUUGAGUGGAAUCCUGACUGUAUUCUUCUGUGGUAUCGUCAUGUCACAUUAUGCAUGGUAUAAUAUUACAGAAAAAUCAAGAAUUACCACAAGGCACAUAUUUGCAACCAUGUCAUUCAUUUCCGAGACUUUCAUUUUCCUUUACGUGGGUACAGAUGUUUUCGAUAUGCAGAAAUGGAAAAUGACCAAACUGAGCUUUCGGACAUUGGUGGCCAUAUACGCAACCAUCAUCUUUCUCAUAUUAAUCGCUCGUGCUGCUUUUGUGUUCCCUCUGUCUAUUUUGUCAAAUCUCAUGAACCGAGAAAAAGAGAUAACCGGAAAAAGAUCAUCCAUUACAUUUAAAAAGCAGGUAAUCGUAUGGUGGGCUGGACUUAUGAGAGGAGCAGUCUCAAUUGCACUGGCAUUUAAACAGUUUACAUACUCUGGUGUAACAAUGGAUACAAUCAACGCUACAAUGGUUACCACCACAGUGAUUGUUGUACUCUUCACCACACUGGUGUUUGGGUUUCUAACGAAGCCGUUAAUACUUUACCUAGUUCCACAUGCUCCAAGUCGGGAAGCCAAGUCUCCGAAAGAAGAUCUAACUCUACCAAUGCUUUCAAUGGAUGAAUCUACAGCUACAAAUCUGAGUCGGGCUAAGGACAGUUUAACAAUGCUGCUAGAAAGACCCAUUCACACUAUACAUUCCUACUGGAGAAAGUUCGAUGAUGCUUACAUGAGACCCUUUUUUGGCGGACCAACUAACCAUCACCGCAGGUGAGAGCAAAUGGUUGCUAACCAACAGUUAGGUCGUCAAGAUUCUGAUUGAGCAAUCACAGAUUCACAAUUAAGAUAGUCCUCUAAGAAAAACACAUCUUCUUUUCUUUAGUUAUCAGUGAACGUAAAUUACAGGUAAGGUGGCAGAUUUUUCCUGGUACACUUCUCCCCUUUAGGUUGUCCGUUGUAGGGGACGAUUGCCAGUGUGAUAUCAUAUCAGGUAGGCUAUGGACAAACUGUAAGCCAUAGGAACUAUGGUUAACCUGAUUUGGUCCCUUGUACUUGGUGGCUGGAACAGUUGAUCAAUUUUGAUGUAUAAUAAUAAUAAUUUCAUCAGGCUAAUUAUUUCUCAACCUUGAACGAUAUUUU